UCAGCAACCUUUAAUCGUUUCUUUGGCAAUUACGGAAUUCUCCGAUUUUUCUUUUUCUUGUGAAAUCGUCAUCUCUUUAAACAUCGAUGGAUAAGCUGGUUGGAAGCAACGCGACUGUGGAGAACAACUCCUUAAACAAGUGGACAUUCAAUGAACCUGGCUUGAUCCACCAUCGGGACCGAAAUGAGCUCAGGGUGUUGGUGCCAACAAUUCUGGGAGUCAUCUGUGUUUUAGGUGUGGCUUGUAACCUCACUGCAAUGGUCAUCCUGUUCUCGAAUGCCCACAGGGGCAAACUAUCCCUCAUCAAUUCACUUAUCUUUAACCUGAUGUUCGCGGAUGGGAUGGUGUUGAUGUUCACCGUCCCUUUCAGGGCUGUGUCCUACUCCAAGGCGAGCUGGAACCUGGGGUGGGUGGUGUGCAAGACGGCGGACUGGUUCCUUCACUCCUGCAUGGUGGCAAAGAGCCUCACGGUGGCUUUCAUGGCCAAAGCCUGCAGCCAAUAUGUGUCAAACCCGACCAGGCAGGUGAGCAUCCACCUGGGCGCCAUCCUGGUGAUUCUCUUCUUCAUCUGGCUGUCUGCCUGCUCUGUCACUAUUCCACUGUGGCUGUUUGCUGGGAUGCACAGAGAGAUCCAUGGACUUGUGUGUGAGCUAACGGUUCCUCCAGAAGCUAAAGACUUUAUGUCUGUGUAUGUCAAAGCGUACCCUUUGGCGGUCUUCUGCGCACCUCUUAGUUUUGCCCUGAUGUAUUUUUGGAAGGCUUAUGGCCACUGUCAACGUCGCUCCAGUAAGUCUCAGAACCUGCGCACACAGAUUAGAUCCAGAAGGCUCACCUUGAUGCUUUUCAGCCUCACCCUGGCCAUGGCUCUCCUGUGGCUGCCUCAGUGGGUGGUAUGGGUUUGGGAGCGUCAUCUUGCUGAGAAAGAAACUGAAGGAGUUCAGCCAUUGAAUUCCUCUCCUCCCCUUUUCCUCACCCUCUCUGCUCAGCUUCUCACCUUCUCUCUGUCGUUGGUGAACCCUCUGAUUGUCCUCUUCCUUUCCGAGGAGUUCAGAGAGAGUUACCGGGGGCUGUGGAGGCGUCUCACCCUGCGCAAACAGCCUCCACCAAAACCAAAGUCUGGACCUCACAACCCUACCUCUCUUCACUCCCCUUGUCCCAGACCAGAGACAUCAGGGCAGUUGAGGGGAGAGAGGGGGGUCCAUCUCAGCUCAAGCCAGGAAAUCAGCAGCGAGGCUCAGCCUACGAUAGAGCAAGGCAAACAUAGAUGGGACGGAGAGGCAGACAGGGUAAGCCUUAAAGACGGGAUUGUCUUACCGGACGUUGAACAGGUCUGGCAGGACAGGGAGACCGGAUUAAACACAGAUGAAAACGAUCCGGUUCCGUGGGAGAACCAGACCAAAGAAGAGAAAAAAUAACAACGACCUGUGAAGCUAAUUACCGAAACACCUCUCCCAACUGCUGCAAUGUAAAUUAUUGUUGUGCUUGUCUUCUCUUGUGUGUACGAUAUUGUUGAAAGGUAAGAGUUGCAAUCAGAGUGAGUGUGUAAUACAAAUAGAGAAGUGUCAUCUGCAUAUGUGAUCACUUUUUGCAGUUUGUAAGGUGAUCAUUAGUAAAACUUUACUAUUAUUCGUAAUAAAAAUGCUUUAUUUCCACUUAAAGUCUGAACCGUAAAUAGUCAAAAAGCAGCUUUUCUGUUUUUGCCCUUACUUAAACUCAAUUUAACCUUAAACAGCAAAAUAUAUAGAUGUGUAAUCAUUACGAUUAUUAACAUAGGAAAGUGGUUGUGUGUAGAAAUAGAAGUGACGU